AUGAAAGUUUUAAAAGGGGUUGCGUUCAUCGUUCUCGUCUUUUUCUCCUCCCUUCUCGGAACAGUUUUUCUUCUUUUUCCGUUUAUUCCCCUCGCGUGGAUUCAACCAAAAACAUGGAGAAAGAUUGCCGAUCGGCUUGUUGGAUUCUGGUUGACUUUUCCUUGUGCACUAAUCGAAUGGGUGUUCGGAGUGAAAUUUCGAGUGACUGGAGAUCUAAUCGAACGAAACGAGCCGGCAAUUCUUAUUAUGAAUCAUCGAACGAGGCUGGAUUGGCUUUUCUCCUGGAAUGCGCUCUAUAAAAUGGAUCCCUGGCUGCUCACCUCUGAGAAAAUAUCACUGAAAGCUCCACUGAAAAUGAUUCCCGGUGCCGGAUGGGCGAUGAGCAGUGGAUCAUACAUUUUUCUUGACCGAAAUUUCGAAAAAGACAAACCAAUUCUGGAGCGAAUCGUGAAAUAUUACGCAGAAUCUGACAAUAACUAUCAGAUACUUUUAUUCGCAGAAGGAACCGAUAAAGGAGAACGAGCGACACAGCUGAGUCAUGCGUUCGCUGAUAAAAAUGGAUUACCACGAUACGAAUAUUUAUUGCACCCAAGAACCACUGGCUUCAGAUUUUUACUAGAUAUGAUGAAAAAAGAGAAUUAUAUAAAAAACGUUUAUGAUCUCACAAUCGCGUACAGCGGAACUAUUGUUGAUACAGAGAAGAAGUUACUGGGUGGAGAUUUUCCCGAUAAAGUUCACUUAGAUGUCAAAAAGUAUAAACUCGAUGAGAUUCCGGAAGGAGACGGAUGCGAAAAAUGGCUCACUGAUUUAUGGAGUACAAAAGAAAAACGACUAAAAAAAUUCUAUGAAGAGGAAGAACGGUUAGAAGCGAGUGGAGAUCGAUUCGAAUGGCCGGAGACAACGGGUGGAAUCGGAUAUUAUGUGGCGUUCUCCUUUUGGGUUAUCGCCACGUUGUUUUGGAUCGGUGCCAUAUACUCUCUGCUAUGGGUCAAGAUCUAUGUCACCUGUGCUGUCAUAUUCUACGUUGGAUCACUUCGGUUCUACAAUGGAGCUGAAUUCGUUUUUCUUCGGUGGUUCGAAGCAAGAAGAGACAAUGUAGAUAAAACAAAGUAG